UUCAGAGGUGUGCUCUGCUGUUGCUAAAGGGGUCUAUCCUCACAGUGGACCAGUAUGGCGAACGCUGUGGACACCAAACUGUACGACAUUCUCGGGGUUUCUCCAUCAGCAUCCGAGAAUGAACUGAAAAAGGCAUAUCGAAAACUAGCGAAGGAAUAUCACCCAGACAAGAAUCCAAACGCAGGAGACAAGUUUAAGGAGAUCAGUUUUGCCUACGAGGUGCUGUCCGAUCCGGAGAAGAAGGAGCUGUACGAUCGCUAUGGCGAGCAGGGUCUGCGUGAGGGUGGCGGCGGGGGGGCCGGCAUGGAGGAUAUCUUCUCCCACAUCUUUGGCGGGGGCCUCUUCGGCUUUAUGGGGGGCCAGGGGGCGCCAGGGCGCAGCCGAAACGGUGGAAGGAGGAGGGGCGAGGACAUGGUGCAUCCGCUCAGGGUGUCACUGGAAGAUCUUUAUAACGGCAAGACUACAAAACUGCAGCUGAGCAAGAAUGUUCUCUGUGCCGCCUGUAGUGGGCAGGGCGGCAAGCCAGGUGCGGUGCAGAAGUGCACGGCGUGUCGUGGGAGAGGUGUGAGAGUGAUGAUCAGACAGCUGGCCCCUGGCAUGGUGCAACAGAUGCAGUCAGUCUGUUCCGACUGCAAUGGAGAAGGUGAGGUGAUCAGUGAAAAGGAUCGCUGCAGGGAGUGUGAGGGGAGGCGUGUGAUUAAGGAGGUGAAGAUGCUAGAGGUCCAUGUUGAUAAGGGCAUGAGACAUGGCCAGAAGAUCACCUUCGGUGGAGAGGCUGACCAGGCGCCCAACACCGAACCUGGAGAUAUAGUACUCAUUCUGCAGGAGACAGACCAUGAGGACUACCGUCGGGAUGGCAACGACCUUUAUGUGACCCGGCGCAUCGGGCUGGUGGAGGCUCUGUGUGGCUUCCAGCUGCAGCUGGUGCACCUGGACGCACGGCAGCUCCUUGUCAAACACCCCGCCGGAAACGUCAUCGAGCCUGGCUGCGUUAAGGUGGUCAAGGGGGAGGGGAUGCCUCACUACAGAAAUCCAUUCGAAAAAGGAGAUCUGUUCAUCAAAUUUGAUGUGCAAUUCCCAGAAAGCGGCUGGAUCGGUCCUGAGAAGCUGAUGGAAUUGGAGGACCUACUUCCAGAGCGUGAGAAGGAUGAGAAUAUCACAGCAGAUGCAGAGGAGGCUGAGCUUGAAGAUUAUGACCCAGGUCAAAGUUCAUGUGGGGGUCACAGACGUGAGGCGUACAACGACAGCUCCGACGAAGAGGGGGGGCCACAUGGGCCAGGGGUUCAGUGUGCACAUCAGUAACACACACAAACACACACACACACCCAUAAAACGCACACACACACAGGAUUUAACCUCCCGCCCUCUAAAAAGAAAACAAAAAAAAACAAGCAGACACCUAUUAACAGACUCACAC